AUGAUUGGUAUUGCUGUGGUCCUUGGCAAAAAGCCUGUCGCUUUUGUAUCGAAGAGUCAACCCAUAAUAAUACAUGGAGCCCCCAAUGCACGCAAGAAGGGCAUGAUCAGAGGGAAAUACCGUCGUAAAGUCCGCUUCCCAACCACCACCUCAAAUAACAAAGAAUCCUCCCGAAGAGCAGCGUCCUCUCCCGCCCACCCCAGAACCACCAGACGCAGGUUGCAUGGCAGUAGUGCCGCUCCUAGCAUCUUAGAGGAACGGCACAAGCAACAGGCGUUGAAAACCGAUUCGUCUCCCCACACCACCAGGGAGCCUUCAGCAGCAGCAUCAUUGUAUCCUCAUUCGCACGGUAAGCGGAGAAAAAGGAAGAAUAAGGAUAACAUGGCUGCCCCACAAAGCCUCCACGGUCAAUAUCAAAAGAGCAUUCCAGACUUAUUCACACAGCUACCCUUAAUCCGUGACCAGCUAGUUACGGAGACUUCGAAAACGCAGGAUGCAACGAUUGACCAGUGUCUCCCGUUCCUGAAGGGGCUUGCCAGCUCCCAGACUGGCCCAUUCAAUCAAUUUGGCGUGCCACGUCUGGAUCGGGACGCCCAUAUUUCGUUCCUCUAUGACUCUCUCGAGUCUUACCCUGAGCGGUUUGUCGGACUUGAUUCAAGUCGUCCGUGGAUGGUCUACUGGGCAUUAACCGGAUUGCAUCUAUUAGGGGAGGAUGUUACGAAGUUUCGGGAACGCGUCAUAGCUACUGCUGCCCCGAUGCAAAACUCCACGGGGGGUUUUGGCGGAGGACACGGCCAAAUGUCGCAUUGUGCUUCUUCUUAUGCACUUGUACUUUCUCUGGCCCUAGUGGGCGGGCAGAAUGCAUUCAAACUGGUCAAUCGGACGGCAAUGUGGCAAUGGCUUGGGAAAUUGAAGCAAGCAGAUGGCGGCUUUCAGGUAACCCUUGGCGGUCAAACUUUCGAAGGUGGGAUUUCUGGAAGUCCGGGGACGGAAGCCCAUGGUGCAUAUGCCUUUUGUGCUUUGGCAUGUCUAUACAUCCUUGGCGACCCUAAGGAGAUGAUCAAAAGGUUCAUAUAUGGAUCUUCCGCUCUUAAUAUCAUGGCUCUCAGCUACACAACGUGCUCCGGAAGUCAUUGGGUUGGCGGUUGCUGGCCCUUGGUCCAAGCUGCCGUCAAUGGCAUUCAGUCAACAUCCACACCAUCAUAUUCGGGAUCUGGCAGCCUUUUCCAUCGCGAAGGAUUGAUAAGAUAUAUCCUCAGUUGUUGUCAAGGGCCCCAUGGCGGGCUACGGGAUAAACCUGGCAAAAACCCCGAUUCCUAUCAUACCUGUUAUAUCCUGGCUGGUUUAAGCACCGCACAACACCACCACUUCCAUACAGGCAUAGCCUCGGCGGGGGAAGCUAAUAAUCCAUUUCCAUCCGCAUUUUCCUGGUCACAUGCACCUGUAACCGCAUCAACAGAACAAGGCCAGUCAUCUGUUGUUUUCAAUGAGGAGGAUCGACUAGAAGUCGUCCAUCCUCUAUUCGUCAUUCCGCAUCGUGCAGCGGAGAAGUUGCGAGAAUGGUGUCAGAAGCAUCCGCUCGAAAUUUGA